AUUUACAUCAGUACGUCCGAGGGGACGGGCGCUGCUCCAGAAUACAAACGGGGUGAACCACCACCAUGGCCGAAAAAACGGACGUGGAGUGCGGUAACCCCGUCCUUGAAGGCCGAAAGAAAUUGGAGCUACCUGAGUUGCCGAAAUCACUUACAUUCGAGGAGAAAAAGUACCUUCUGGCCGUAGAGAGAGGGGACAUGGGCAAUGUCAAGAGAAUCCUACAAAGGGCACAUCGGCAUGCAAACAUAGAUAUCAACUGCGUGGAUUCUCUCGGCCGUGGUGCGUUGACACUGGCUAUAGACGGGGAAAACAUGGAGAUGGUUGAACUUCUUGUUAUCAUGGGAGUGCAAACGAAGGACGCACUGCUGCAGGCCAUCAAUGCGGAAUUCGUGGAGGCGGUGGAACUGCUGUUGGAGCACGAGGAACUUAUCCACAAGGAGGGGGAACCUUACAGUUGGCAGAAGGCAGAUCCAAGCACAGCGAUGUUCCCUCUGGACAUAACGCCACUGAUGCUUGCGGCGCACAAGAAUAACUACGAGAUCAUCAAGAUUCUGCUCGAUCGAGGAGCUACACUGCCCGAUCCUCAUGACGUCAGGUGCGGUUGCGACGAAUGUAUCCGGCUGUCCACAGAGGACUCACUCCGUCAUUCCCUCGCGCGACUUAACGAGUACCGAGCCCUCGCUUCGCCCUCCCUAAUCGCACUGUCUUCAACCGACCCGCUUCUCACCGCCUUCCAGCUGUCCUGGGAACUCAGGAACUUGGCUUUUGCUGAACAGUUCGUAGCACACCCAAACAUCCAACAACUGCUUGCUUCCCUCUGGUACGAAGGCGUUCCCGGUUUUCGUCGCAAGACGGCAAUGGAAAAAAUCAUGAUCAUAUGCCGCGUGGCCCUGCUGUUCCCGUUCUACUGUACUUUAUACAUGAUUGCACCGAACUGUGCUACUGGCAAUCUCAUGCGCAAACCAUUCAUGAAGUUCUUGAUACACGCUUCUUCAUAUCUGUUUUUCUUAUUGAUUUUGAUCCUGGUAUCACAAAGAGCGGAAGUGCAAGCAAUCCAGCUAUUCGGGCCUGAAUGGAUGGUCAAAGAGCUGGAGAAAGAGCUGCUUAAACAGAGAGGCAAUGGACCUACGUUCUUGGAACUUAUUGUAGUCGUUUAUGUUUUCGGUUUCAUAUGGGAAGAGACACAAGAAAUAUUCAUCGAAGGCAUACGAUCCUACCUGCGCAAUAUGUGGAACUUUAUCGACUUUACCCGUAACUCUUUGUACGUCGCCGUUAUGCUGCUAAGGUUCGCUGCGUACCUCCAACAAUCGGCACAGAUAUCGAGAGACCCAGAGACAAAGUUCAUUCCUAGAGAGCAAUGGGAUGCUUUCGAUCCCCAGUUGAUUGCCGAAGGCCUGUUCGCUGCGGCAAAUGUUUUCAGUGCUUUGAAGUUGGUGCAUCUGUUUUCAAUCAAUCCGCACCUGGGACCACUACAGAUCUCGUUGGGUCGCAUGGUUAUCGACAUUGUGAAGUUCUUCUUCAUCUAUAGCUUAGUGCUCUUCGCCUUCGCUUGUGGUUUAAACCAGCUUCUCUGGUACUUCGCGGACCUGGAAAAGCGCAAGUGCUAUGUGCUCCCCGGUGGCCUGCCCGACUGGGACAACGCAGGGGAUUCUUGCAUGAAGUGGAGGAGUUUCGGCAACGUUUUCGAAGCGUCACAGUCUCUGUUCUGGGCAUCAUUUGGCAUGGUGGGUCUGGAGAACUUCGAGUUGGCCGGCAUCAAGAGCUACACGCGGUUUUGGGGGCUGCUGAUGUUCGGAUCCUACUCAGUUAUCAAUGUCAUUGUCUUGCUGAAUCUGCUUAUCGCUAUGAUGUCAAAUUCAUAUGCUAUGAUCGACGAACAUUCUGAUGUGGAAUGGAAAUUCGCUCGCACGCGGCUCUGGAUGAGCUACUUCGAGGAAAGCGCCACCCUGCCGCCACCUUUCAACAUACUGCCCACCCCUAAACUACUAUUCAAGAUGUUAGGAUUACGGAAGAAGGAUAAAUUGCGGAAGAUGAAGGAGAAGGAACAAAAAGAUAAAGAUAAUGCCGAUGUUCAUAUCCACUACUUAGCUGUGAUGCGAGCUUUGGUCUGGCGUUACGUAUCCGCUAUGCAUCGUCGAAUGGACGACGAGCCUGUCACUGAAGACGACAUCAAUGAACUCAAAGGCGAUGUAUCUUCGUUAAGAUACGAGCUGCUUGAAGUAUUCGAGAAGAAUGGAAUGGACGUCUCGUUUACUGACAGGAAAGAGAAAGCUGUUCUGGGUAAACGCAUGAAGGUCUGGGAGCGUCGACUUAUGAAGGACUUCCACGUAGCGCCCGUGGCUGGUGUAGACGAGGAGGUGGCGGAAACGGGCCUUUCCAAGUUCAGAAGACUCGCCAAAAUGGCCGUGGCAACUACCACCAAUUCUAAGUGGGAUCAGACUCUGGCCGCUACUGGGGUUUCGACUCAAAUCGGGCGCUGCCGCAGCCGUGAGUCUUUCAAGAACCAGCAGAAUCUCCAGCGAGCCAUGGAUGAAGCCAGGAAACUGGUACUACGAUCGCCACUACCAGAAGGUUCACGAGGCAUGUCACCAAUAGACAUGCCUCUCACCCCCGGUCACACACUCCUGGAGUUGAUCAAAGACAUCUCGACUGAGGUGGGCGAGCCGGUUGACCUCGCUACUUCACCUGCUCCAAAGUCACCUUGGAAAGAUGGCGCAAAGUCCCCCGCGCCUGGCACUAGCGGCCUCCUUAGCGCCAUCGGGGCCCAAAGCAGAGCUGCGUCCCCCAAAAUGCGGUCUCCUAGCCCCGCUUCGGCCGCCAAGCCCGUGCCGAUGACAACAUCACCGUCGCCCACUCCUCGAGGACCCAGCCCCGUACCGAGUCCGCGCUCGAUUAGCCCAGUCAACGAGGAGCCAUCAAAAACAGAGCCCAGUCCUCUGAAAUCAAAGAGGAUCCCGGGCGAUUCUCCACCGAAGGUGAUCAAGAGAAAACCACCGGCACCGCCGACACAGGACGAUGGACAGGCGGUAGAAACUUCAGGCUCUGCUGAUGAACCCAAAUCUCUCGAGGACAUAGCGAUCGCGCGGCCCGUGGCUCCCGAGAUCAAACCAACUGAGGGAGCUAUUCCACCACCUCCACCUUCAAUUAAACCGAAGGCACCAAUACUACCGACGAUGGAGGUAACACCUAGCACGCCCCCCGUGCAUUCGGCGUCGCCACCUACUCCGAUACCAGCAUCUCCUUGCAAGUCUUCCAAGCCUCCUUCUCCCCCGGCGAAACCCUCCUCUCCGAUCCCUCCGGAGAAACCGCCUACGCCACCUAGAGUGACCACGCCGCCAUCUAAGGUGACCACACCACCUCCAAGAGCAAUAUCUCCACCGCUGAGAACACCAUCGCCAACACCGUCAACUUCUUUACCGCGCGCGAGCACACCUACGCAGCGCCUCUCGUCCACAUCGAGCACUGAGCAACUGAUCCCGCCUGCUUCCCCCGUCGCGCUUUCUGGAAAGGUGCCCGAAGUCAAGACCAUCAAACGACAACCCAAAACUGGAUGGCUAUAGAUGUUACUGGUAUGACUGGUAGGCUAUAGAUGGAAGAAUCAAAUCGAAGAUGGCUACAGAUACAAAAAACUGGAUGGCUACUUGUGUAAGAACUACAAAUUGGAUGAGAUUGA